ACAGAACUUGUACCAAUUGGAGAUCUAAACACAUACAUCUCCAACUCUAACGAGCAGACACAGGUAUUUGUAAAGCUCGGAUGUGUUUCUCCUGACAUUAUCGGGCUUAUCAGGGUCCGUGCUGAACUAGCAGUUGAUGACCGCAAAGAUAGUGCCACGUUUGUGGUCUUCAACAAGGAGUUGACUAAGCUCAUCAAGCAAGAUGCAGCUACUCUGGCUCUUGAGGAGAUGAGUGGCGGUGGAGGGCAGGAUCUACCAAGAUGCCUUGAAGAUCUAGCUGGCAAGGAUUACGUUUUCCAGAUUCGUGUCACUCCGUGCAGGUUCAUUCCAAACCAGUGUACCUUCACAGUCUCUGCAAUCAGUGAUGACAUCUUCUUUGUAGCAGCAGCAACCAAGCUUAAGUCGUUGACAGGGAAGGUGGACAAGCAACAACAGCAGCCAGCUACACGGUUGAUGCGGCGAAGAGAGCUAUGGGAGUUGACGAAGCACAUCCUCCCGACUUUGAAGACAAAGAAAAAGCUGCAAACGCUCCUCAGACUGCUCUGCUUCCACCCAGUUUACAACCUGGAAAAUCAGAGACUGUGGAUCUUUGUUAACAUCUGCAUCACCCGUGCCUUUACACUUCUUCAUCCCCUUCUCCAUAACCUUUUCCAUAAACCUUAUGAACCAAUUUGCAGCUCCUUGCUCUAUCUCUUUAGUCAACUUCGCUGUGUUUUGUAACACGGAAGGAGGAGCUAGUGAUGGGUUCUUGUUCUCAGCGUUUGAUCUCAUAUGCUCAUGGUUUACUGCUGA